CAACUAUAAUAUGAUUAAUUUAAAUUAUUUGAGAAUAAAUUUGUAUAAUUAAACUAUAUAUGCAACAGAUUUACAUUGUUGGUAAGAAUAUUUUAAAGUUUAAAAGUUAAUUUGAUUUCUUUUUGUUUUUCUUCAUUGAUGGUUUCUAUAGAGAAAUAUAUUGAAUCUGAAAAUUUCACGCAUGCUUUAGAUACACUACAAAAUAAUUCGAAAUGUGUAAAAUAAAAUUUACUCAGAGAGAGAUCAAUCUACACUCGAAAAAAAGAAUUAGUCUUUUCUAUCGAUAUGGAUAUGUUCUGUUGAUGCUUGUGUGUAUGAUAUUUGCAACUAUUCAACCACAUAUUGGUGGAACAAACGGUAUAAUCAAUGGAAAUUUUAUUAUUCGUUAUUUUGCUGUGCCUUUGACAUAUUUAGAAGCCGGAUUAUUAUGCGAUCCUAAAUCUCUUUAUUCAACAUUGAAGGACGGCUAUCUCUUGACAUUUGUAAUGGUUUUUAUAUAUAUCUUCAUGCCCUUUCUAGCACGAAUUGGGACGUAUCUAUUGACCUAUGCGAAAGUUAAUAUAUGGCUGCUCAAAGGAAUGGAGGUUCUUUACUGCAUGCCACCACCAUUUAGUACAGGACUCGCUUUAUGCCGUUUGGCACAAGCUGAUUUACCUACGAGCGUAAUUACUACAUUGGUAUCGCAUUUUGGAGGAUUAUUCUUAUCUCCUCUUUUAUUAUAUCUAAUGUUAGGAACAUCUACUCCACCAUUAGUCGGGAUUAACAUCAAAGAGACUAUAUAUAGCACACUUAUUCCAUUGGGGACGGGUAUUAUUCUACGAUCGUUUAUACUGAAAGAUAGAUAUGUGAAUAUUAAUACGGACUGGUUUUCCCAAGGUUUAUUGCUGACAAUAGCGUAUCAUUGGUUUUGCGAUGCUGUUUUGACAGAUGCCUCAUCGUUACAGGCAGUGGAUAUAUUAUUUUGUGUACUUAUGGCAUGUUUAGGUCAGCUCCUUCUUAGCAGCUUAUGUUGGAUCCUGUGCUCCCAAUGGUUACCACGGAAUAUUUUACUAGCCGCGUUAUUUACCAGUACUCAUAAAUCCGUCAGUCUCGGUGGUUGGAUUUUGCGUGGGGCUUACCAUGGCUCGGCUCAUGGACCAGCAGUGAAUUUACCAUUGACCAUAUUACCUGUUGCACAAUUGUUAUUAGGCAGUUUGUUAGCUAGCUGGCUGGCUCCAUAAGAAAGUCGAAUUUAACGAUGUCUAUAUUUCAGUUUAGAAAUGUAUUGAUUUAUCUUUUAAGCUUAUUACUUGUAGAAAUAUACAAUAAUUAAUA